AUGGGGUCCCAGGGGUAUCGGAGGGGGACAAAGGGCCCGAGGAAAGAUUUUCAGAGGCCUAGGGCACUCAAACGGAAACGAGAAGAGGAAGAUCUCGAGGCCCUCGCUCAACGGGUAGCCAACUUCGAUCCAAAAUCUGCGCCUCCGCCAGAGAACUUCGUCGACCUCCCACUAUGUCAAGCGACUCAAGACGGUCUCGCAGCUUCUCACUUCAAAAUCUUGACCACCAUCCAGAGCAGGACCAUCCCGCUGGCAUUGCAGGGUGCGGAUAUCCUGGGCGCAGCAAAAACGGGCUCAGGGAAGACCCUGGCAUUUCUGGUACCUGUCCUAGAGAACUUGUACCGCAAAAGAUGGACCGAAUACGAUGGCCUGGGGGCGCUGAUACUCUCUCCCACCCGAGAAUUGGCCAUUCAGAUCUUCGAGGUGCUGCGGAAAGUUGGCCGCAACCACACUUUCUCUGCUGGUUUGGUGAUCGGGGGCAAAAGUCUACAGGAGGAGAGAGAACGACUGGGACGUAUGAACAUUCUGGUUGCCACUCCUGGGAGAAUGCUACAGCACAUGGAUCAGACGGCGGAAUUGGACAUUGGAAAUUUACAGAUGCUGAUAUUGGACGAGGCGGACAGAAUCAUGGACAUGGGGUUCAAGCAGACCAUCGACGCUCUCCUCGAGCAUCUUCCACGGGACAGGCAAACUCUCAUGUUCAGCGCUACCCAGACUAAGAAGGUCUCUGAUCUUGCUAGACUGAAUCUGAAAGACCCCGAAUUUGUCUCCGUCCACGAAGCCGCCGAUAGCGCCACGCCUACGUCUCUACAACAGAACUAUGUCGUCACUCCGCUGGCAGAUAAGCUCGAUACCUUGUGGUCCUUCAUUCGUGCAAACGUCAAAAAGAAGAUUCUGGUCUUCCUGAGCAGCGGCAAGCAGGUUCGUUUUGUUUACGAGGCAUUCCGGCACCUUCAGCCUGGUAUUCCCUUGCUUCACCUGCAUGGGCGGCAAAAACAGACGGCGCGGGUUGAGAUCACCACGAAAUACUCAAACAGUAAAUAUGUGUGCUUGUUCUCAACAGAUGUGGCUGCCCGCGGAUUGGACUUUCCUGCUGUUGACUGGGUUGUCCAGGUCGACUGUCCGGAAGACGCUGACACUUAUAUUCACCGAGUCGGGCGAACGGCAAGGUUUGAGCACGAUGGGCGGGCUGUUUUAUUCCUUGACCCGAGCGAAGAAGACGGUAUGCUGAAUGCGCUAGCAAAAAAGAAAGUUAGCUUGGAGAAGAUCAAUGUGCGGCAAAAGAAAAUGCAACAAACCAUCCGGAACCAGUUACAGAAUAUGUGUUUCAAGGAUCCCGAACUGAAGUACUUGGGACAGAAAGCGUUCAUCAGCUACGUGCGCAGUGUCCACGUUCAGAAGGAUAAGGAGACAUUCAACCUGAAAAAGCUCGACUUGGAAGCCUUUGCGGCGAGCCUGGGCCUUCCCGGCGCACCUCGCGUCAAAUUCGUCAAGGGAGAGGAUGCAAAGGCCAAGAAAAAUGCCCCGAGACAACUCCUGGCUGCCCUGGAGUCGAGUAGCGAAGAGAGUGAUGCUGAAGGCGAGGCGCGGUCAAAACAAAAACGGAAUGGUGGUGUCAGGACGAAAUACGACCGGAUGUUCGAGCGGCGCAACCAGGACGUCUUGGCGGAGCAUUACACGAAGCUGAUUGAAGACGACCAGGAUGACAACGGCAGCGACAACGAUGGCGAAAGAAUAAAGGCAGAAAACAAGGCCGCUCCCAGUGACGAGGUGGACGAUUUUCUCUCAGUGAAACGCCGCUUCGUUGCUGGCGACUCAGAUCUCGACCAGGAUAGCGACAGCGACUCUUCCUCGGCGAAAGGAAACUCAGACUCCAGAGCUUCCCUCGAACUAAAAACCAUCAAACUCUCCACCAACCCGGACGCUCCCGCCCUCAAAAUCGACUCGCACCGGCGUGAGAAGCUGCUCGCCUCGAAGAAGAAGCUCCUCAAGUACCGCGGCAGGGGGGCGCACCUCACGUUCGACUCGGACAGCGACACGCCCAAGGACAAGAAAGCGUACCGCGACGAAAGCGAGUUCACGGCGGCCGAGGAGGAGAGACGGGCGUUCUUGGAGCGCGAGGCCGAGAGGGCGAGGGAGGCGGAUGCAGUCGACAAGGAGAUCGCGAAGGGCAAGAGGCGCGAGAAGAAGGAGAAACGGAAGGAGAGAGAGAGACAGCAGCAGCAACAGCAGCGCAUGGAGUCUACUAGGGACGGAGAUGUCGAGGGAGACGGUGUCCAACUCGUUCCGUACGAGGGUGAUCUCGAUGUCGACGCAGAAGACGAUGGACCUCUUCGACUUCACUCCUCUGCCGAACCUGAACCCAAACCGAAACGUCAGAGGAAAUGGUUCCAAGACUCGCCGUCCACGUCCGACAACGACGAUGAGUACCACAAUCGGGAGAAGAAGAAGACAAAACGCCCAAAGAAAAACAAGCGCGGCACCACCGCGCAGCAGCAUCAGCAACCACAGACGCUGGAGGAUCUCGAGGCUUUGGCCACUGGUCUUCUCGCGACUGCUGGGUAG